ACUAAUCUGCAGUCCUGGAAUGUCUGUGGGCCAAUCAGUGGGGUCUCCGGGGGCUCCCCGAGGGCGCUAAUAAUCCUGCAAUGAUUAGCAGGGGCCACGGGGUCAGUGCGCACGCUCUGCCUGCUGUCGGUGGGCCGGGCUGGCCAGGCCAGAGGCCGGGGCAGGGGGGCAUCUCCGAGAACUGUCUGUCUCAUGCCAGCGCGGCCGACGGGAGGCUGUCUGGACACACCGAUUACUCACCAGCCUCCCCUUUUGUCUGCCAGCCCAGCCUGACUCCGUCCAGCCUGGCAAGAGCUGGACGGCUAAGCCAGGCCUUGCACAGAGCCUGACAGGCCCAUGCUGCCGUGGGAGCCCUCUCCAGGACGAGGAGGCCACCGGUCUGGCCUUCUGCUCCUGGCCCUCCUGGGCCUUGUCUGGGCAGAGGUGCCGCUGCGCCAGCUGCAGGAGCAGGUGCCAGUGCCUGGAGCCCUGAGCAGGAAGGAGAGUUUCUUGCUCCUGUCCCUGCACAACCGCCUGCGCAGCCGGGUCCAGCCUCCUGCGGCCAACAUGCAGAGGAUGGACUGGAGUGACAGCCUGGCCCGACUGGCUCAAGCCAGGGCAGCCCUUUGUGGCGCCCCGGCCCCGAACCUGGUGUCUGCGCCACCAUGGGCCCCACAACUGGGUUGGAACAUGCAGUUGCUGCCCGCCGGCUCAAGGUCCUUUGUCGAAGUGGUCAGCCUGUGGUUCGCCGAGGGCCAGCAGUACAACCACGCGGCAGCCGAGUGCUCCCGCGACGCCACCUGCACUCACUACACUCAGCUCGUGUGGGCCACCUCGAGCCAGCUGGGCUGUGGGCGGCAUCUGUGUUCCACGGGCCAGGCAGCGAGGGAUGCCUUUGUCUGUGCCUACUCCCCGGGAGGCAACUGGAAGGUGAACGGGAAGACCAUCGUCCCCUAUAAGAAGGGCGCCUGGUGUUCGCUCUGCACAGCCAGCAUCUCGGGCUGCUUCAAAGCCUGGGACCACGCAGGGGGGCUCUGCGAGGUCCCCAGGAACCCGUGUCGCAUGACCUGCUGGAACGGCGGACAUCUCAACGUCAGCACCUGCCGCUGCCACUGCCCCCCUGGCUACACAGGCAGAUACUGCCAAGUGCGGUGCAGUGUGCAGUGCAUGCACGGCCGGUUCCGCGAGGAGGAGUGUUCCUGCAUCUGUGACAUCGGCUAUGGGGGAGCCCAGUGUGCCACCAAGGUGCACUUUCCCUUCCACACCUGUGACCUGAGGAUCGACGGUGACUGCUUCACAGUGUCUUCAGAGGCAGACACCUAUUAUGGAGCCAAGAUGAAAUGUCAGGGCAAGGGUGGGGUGCUAGCCCAGAUCAAGAGCCAGAAGGUGCAGGACAUCCUCGCCUUCUACCUGAGCCGCCUGGAGACCCCCAACGAGGUGACUGACAGUGACUUUGAGACCAGGAACUUCUGGAUUGGGCUCACAUACAAGACUGCCAAGGACUCCUUCCGCUGGACCACCGGGGGGCACCAGUCCUUCACUAGCUUCGCCUUCGGCCAGCCUGACAACCAGGGGUUUGGCAACUGUGUGGAGCUGCAGGCGUCAGCCGCCUUCAACUGGAACGACCAGCGCUGUAAAACCCGAAACCGUUACAUCUGCCAGUUUGCUGAGGAGCACAUUUCCCGGUGGGACCUAGAGCCCUGAUGCUCCAGCCCACAGGCCUGUCUGCCUACCUGUCUGGAUAAGAGCCGGGCUGGGACCACAUGCCCAAUGUCCAAAGAGGUCUCAGACCUUGCACAGCACAGAAAGUAGGGCAGAGGCCACUGUAGGGCCAGUGGGGACGGGACUGUAGGGCAGAAGCCAGGGCCAGUGGUCGGAAGAGACUGCUCUGCUCUGCUCUUCCUGGGCAGAACCCUUGGGAGCAGCUGGAAACAACCCCCCACCCCAUGUGUACCCGAAGUUGGAUUAAACUAAGUUAUGAGUCAACUGGACUUGCCAGAUGCGCUCCUUUUGA